ACAAUCGCAAGCCGAAGUGGGACUGGCCAAGGGGGAGAGCAGAGCCGUUUCGGGGGGCUCCUGUCGCGCGUGACGUGACGCCACGCGUGAUAAAGAACGUUGGGAUGGACGUGGAAGGUGGCGUGCUGGGUGGGCGGACGAGGAGAACAGGGUGCUGCUGUGAUGGCGAUGGUGUCACCUCUGGGCGCGCUUCCAUGUGCUUCGUGGGAAGGGGAUACUGCUGCCGCUGGUGGAGAAGAAGUAGCUCGCAGGAGACGGAAUUGACAAGACAAUGAUGAAGAGUGGGAGAUCGGACCCACGGGGGACUAGUUUAGGUGCCGCUAUGGACAAGAAGCAGGAAAUGCCCACGUCGAAGGAGGACAAGCGUAAAGAGAAGAAGCCGAGAUCGGUGAAGCUUUUCCGGAAGAAAUCAUUCAAGUCCGUGGGGAGUUUUAUGAACAGAAUCAUCAAAACUCUUGGCACUUUCACCCACUUUGCAGACACGCAGGACGUGGAGGAUGACGAUGGAGGCUUUGGGAAUGGCGCACCUUGCACACUCAGCGCCAGCUCAGGGAUUGUCAAAGAAGAUGCACAGGUGCCUCGGUUGGUCAAGAACCCUCCUCUUGGCAGGGAUAAACUAUUUUACCACUACGGGGACAAAAUCCCAGGCGUUCUGGGCUUGAAAAACCACGGGAACACGUGUUUUAUGAACGCCGUGGUCCAGUGUCUGAGCAAUACCGACCUGCUGGCCGAGUAUUUGGGACUGGAGAGGUACAGGUUGGACCUGUGUGACACCGCGAUCGACGGGACAGUGAGAAGCGGGGGAAUACUCUUUAUUAACGGAGAGGUCACGGAACACUUGGCCUCACUUGUUCGGGCUCUGUGGACUUUGGAAUACACCCCACAGCUUUCUGUGGACUUCAAGGCUAUCGUGUCUAAGUACGGAUCACAAUUCCGUGGUAAUUCCCAACAUGACGCCCUGGAGUUCCUUCUGUGGCUGCUGGAUCGUGUCCACGAAGACAUCAAUUUGGCUUCGCACAAUAACAAUAACACAACUAAAGCUUGUGAUAAGGGUCCCGAUGAGGAUGAAAAUCUGCUGCAUCCUGACCUGUCCCAAUCCCAGCAGCUCACUGUCCAACAUAGCUUUGUCCAGGAACAUUUUCAGGCACAGUACAAAUCUUCACUGACCUGCCCCCAUUGUUUGAAACAGAGCAACACCUUUGACCCUUUCCUUUGCAUCUCACUCCCUAUUCCUCUCCGCCAGACCAGGCCCAUGUGUGUGACUCUGGUCUUCAGCACUAAAGGACAAAGGUACCUGCGAGUCGGUCUGGCCGUGCCUCUAUUUGGUUCUGUCGCCAGUUUGAGAAGGAUGGUGGCUGAUGAGGGCAACAUUUCUCCAGAUCAGGUGAUCCUGACUGAAGUUUACUCCACCGGGUUCCAGCGCUCCUUCUUUGAUGAAGACGAUUUAACCGGUAUAGCCGAAAAUGAUGUCAUCUACGCCUUCCAAGCUCCGCCCCUCUACAUCCGAGGAGGCUCUGCACGGACUUCAGGAUACCAUCAUAGUCUACCAUCUUCUACAUACGCUACCGGACCUGAGGGGAAAAGAUUACCUGCGUCUGCGGCGCUGUCUUCCGAAUUUCUCAACCAAGGAGUCCCGGUUAAGAUUUUGUUGUUGGUGUGCAACGCUGCGGGAGCAGGCCAACAAACUGUUAGGUUUGGCCCUCCAUUCUUAAUGAGGGAGGACCGGUCUAUUUCCUGGGAUCAGCUGCAACAAAGUAUUCUGAGCAAGCUUUACUAUCUGAUGAUCAACGGGGCGCCAGCACAGAAUAACAGAGUGCUCUUCAACAUCCGCGUGGUGGGAGGAUCAUCAUUUUACAGCUACUUGUCACCGCAGGACAGUCGACCACUCUACCAUCCUGCUGUUGACAGAGCCCUGAAACUCUGCAGUCCAGGAGGACCUCCGCAUGUCAAACUCAUCAUUGAAUGGGAGUACCGAAUCAAAGAUUGCCUGUUUGGUAACAUUCAAGAGGAGGUGGUGAAGGAUGCGGACAGCGUGAGGAAUCAGCAGCAGCAACACGUCCAGCAGUACAGCUGCACCUUGGAUGAGUGUUUUCAGCUUUACACCAAAGAGGAGCAGCUGGCUCCCGAUGAUGCUUGGAAGUGCCCGCACUGUAAACAGCUACAGCAGGGCGUGGUGAAGAUGAGUUUAUGGACUCUCCCGGAUAUUCUCAUCCUCCACCUGAAGCGUUUUAGGCAAGUAGGCGAGCGGAGAAACAAGCUGACUACGUUUGUACAUUUCCCCCUGGUGGAUCUGGACAUGACGCCGCACGUGGUGAACCGUAACCACGGCCCACAGCAGCCGGGCUGGAAGCAGUCCAGACGGGCCGAGCUGGCUCCACCUGACUUCCUGUACGAUCUGUACGCCGUGUGUAAUCAUCACGGAGGGAUGCACGGCGGGCAUUACACAGCAUUUUGUCGAAACUCUGUGGACGGUCAGUGGUACAGCUACGAUGACAGCAAUGCUGAGGCGGUUCCUGAGGGAGACGUGUGCACACGUGGCGCUUAUAUCCUCUUCUAUCAAAGAAGAAAAACCAUCCCGCCCUGGUCUGCAAGUUCUUCAGUCACUGGUUCCACCAGCUCAAACACUUCUGAUCACUGGCUGGUGCGGCUGACGGGGGCCGGUGACCGAGGUGCAGCGUCCAUCGCAGGCCCCCCGGUGCCCAUGCAGCCUCCAGAAUCAACUGAUCGGCCAGUGUUUGAAGAAGAACCUCACAAACCUGCAGACAUAAAUGGAUUUGAAUCCAAACCGUUUGUCCGCGGGACCCAAGCAAGGAGCGUCAGCAUGAGAUCUCCAACGAAAGCCAAGGAGUCUUUAAGCAAAGUCCUGCCGAUGCGAUGGUCCUUCAGACCCAAGGACCGCACGAAGCAUUCGGUCGAGACUCAAUCGGGAGAGUUGGUGGAAUAUCUCGAGUCUGGCCGACGUCCGCGAUGUACCAAAGACCCGAUCGUUGCGCUGGUGGCCACCCCGCCGCAAAGGCACGUCCAGCGUAGAACCUUGGAGGGCGGACAGGAGUGCAGCUCACCGAGCGGAAGUAGCCUCAGCUGCACGGAAACGUGCUACUCCCCCAAAGUCCCAGAGGGGCAGAGCCGGCCUGUUAUGGAGAGACAGCUCAGCAAUGCUGUCAAAGGCAGGGAUGAUGGCUCCCUGAGGAUGAGGGCAUCUAAUAAGAGAGCCAGGCAGGAGCAAGGUAGGACUUUGGACAUCCAACUUCAGAGAGUGGCCAUGUUAGGAGCACACGUCAGCAGUCAUAGCGCACCUCCCAGCAGAGAUUCCACACUGCGAAAAAACAAGGUCCAUUUCGGGGGGAGCACCAGAUCCCCCAAAGACACGCUCGUCUUUCAACCGGAGGGACAAAGAGGACGUGAAGGUCGUAGCCAAGAAAGCCUCGUGGCCUUUUUCAAACCCGCUUUGAUUCCGAAAGACAUCCCGAGAUCCCCACGGAAGGAUCACGAAAGACGUGCCAACGGGCAUUUGGGAAAGCUGACGAGCGGCGACUUCACCAAACUCUCCCUCUCUAACGGAACUCUGAGCGCCACCACAAGAGACGAGCGUAAGGUUCUCCCCUGCUGCAAGAUCCAGCUUCUGAAUGGACAGGCUGCGUGUCAUGACGCCGACAUCAAGCGAGCUCACAGCUCCGGAAACAUUCAAACCAAACUGGACGGGACUUUUCACCGGUGCGCCUCACUGCAGAGGAACGGGGACAUUACGCCCUCGCGUCGCGUCCUGCUCUCCGACAAGCCCGGCUUUGCCACCCUGCAGAGGACGCGAUUCAGUACCACCUCCCUGGUGCCUCUGUGACAACGUCUUAGCUGGGAUGUCAUCCACCGAAAGCAUCACUGGAAAAAAGUGUCUUCGUUCCUCUUUUUAUACAGUAGGACUGUUACUUCUUACCUGUGUGUGUCUUAAACUAAAUCUAUGCAGAGUUGAGUUACUGCUGUCAUUUGUAGGAAUUGUCUGGACUGUUGUUUCCUGCUAAUACGUGACUUUACGGUGAAACUCCUCCCCCAGUUCGAAUUAAUUGGCCACUUGGAUGCUACAAGUACUAUUUGACUUCAAAAAUGGUUGCUUGGCAACAAGAUGCCAGAUAAUAGUGCCAAAGCAGUACUUUCGCUUUAGUAUGAGGUAUGUUCGCUAAUUCACAUAUGUAAAGAAGACAUUUAAAUACCCACGCAACAUAGUUAAAGCACAUACACACGCAACACACACACUUUGUACAUUCAUAUGUAGGUAAAUAAAACACACGCACAGAUUUGUUUUUCCACAAAUGCACUGUAAAUUGGCUGUUCAAUCAUUGUUUUUGUGAUCGUUGCACUUUUAUAAAAGGCUUAUUUUCCUAUAUGACUUAAAUUGUACAUCCUUCCGAGUUUAGGAAUAAUGACAGUGUUCUUAAUUAGAUUGUGUUUGAAGUGAUCCAGGUACUGGCUGGAAUGAUGUUCCAAUUUUUUCUAUGAGGAUGUUCAGAUAUGAACCACAAAAUAUUUGGGAAAUAUCCUAACUUCCAACUCGGUUAAGAAGUUCAAUUCUAUCCAUGAAAAAUCAAAGCUAAAUUGCUUGCAUGCCAACAGAAUUUAUUUUAUUUAUUUUUGCACCCAGCACUGUGUUUGCGGUUGUU